GGGCUGGUGGGGGUUGCACUGCGGUAAUAUGGCUCUUCCUUAGCCAGCGGCGGCGGCGGUGGUGUCCAGUUGUCGGGUAGAGCGGUCCUACCUUUCGGGUGGCGGGGUUUCUAGGCUGUAGAGACUCGGAGGGUCGUGGCUAGAAGGUGUUGGCGGAUGCCGGAGGAGCGGCGACUCCGCCGCUUGGCGGCCCCUGGGUCAAGAUGAGCGGCUCAGCGUCGGUCGGGGCCCCUAUUCCUCCGCUACCCCCGGGCCCGGCCACCGCGCUGCCUCCCGGUUCUGGCGCGCGAGCUCUGCAUGUGGAGCUGCCGUCUCAGCAGCGACGUCUUCGGCAUCUUCGGAACAUUGCAGCUCGAAACAUUGUUAAUCGAAAUGGCCAUCAGCUCCUUGACACCUACUUUACACUUCACUUGUGUAAUACAGAAAAGACAUACAAAGAAUUUUAUAGAAGUGAAGUCAUUAAGAAUUCCUUGAAUCCAACAUGGCGGAGUCUUGAUUUUGGAAUAAUGCCUGACCGACUUGAUACAUCUGUGUCUUCUUUCCUGGUGAGGAUAUGGGGUGGAAAGGAGAACGCCUUCCAGCUUUUGAUUGAGUGGAAAGUCUGUUUGGAUGGACUGAAAUACUUGGGCCAGCAGAUUCAUGCCCGCAACCAAAAUGAAAUAAUAUUCGGGCUGAAUGAUGGCUACUAUGGUGCUCCAUUUGAACAUAAGGGUUAUUCAAGUGUUCCGAAGAAUAUUCUUCAGGUGGAUCAGAACUGUGUUCGGAAUUCUUAUGAUGUAUUCUCAUUACUACGGCUUCAUAGAGCCCAAUGUGCAAUUAAACAGACUCAGGUAACUGUUCAGAAAAUUGGAAAGGAAAUCGAGGAAAAGCUAAAACUCACAUCUGCAAGCAAUGACCUGAAAAAAGAGAGUGAAUGUCUACAAUUAAAAAUUUUGGUGCUUCGAAAUGAACUGGAGAGACAGAAGAAAGCUCUGGGACAAGAAGUGGCAUUACUGCAUAAGCAACAAAUUGCAUUACAGGAAAAAAGAAGUGCAUUUUCAACUGAACACCUCAAGCUUCAACUCCAAAAGGAAUCCCUAAAUGAACUGAGGAAAGAAUGUACAGCACAAAGAGAACUUUUUUUGAAGACGAAUGCUCAAUUGACAAUUCGAUGCAAGCAACUACUAUCUGAACUUUCCUACAUUUACCCCAUUGACUUGAAUGAACAUAAAGAUUACUUUGUAUGUGGUGUCAAGUUGCCCAAUUCUGAGGACUUCCAAGCAAAAGAUGAUGGAAGCAUUGCUGUUGCCCUUGGUUAUACUGCACAUUUGGUCUCAAUGAUUUCCUUUUUCCUACAAGUGCCCCUCAGAUACCCUAUAAUUCAUAAAGGAUCUAGAUCAACAAUCAAAGAUAAUAUUAAUGACAAGCUGACUGAGAAAGAGAGAGAGUUUCCACUGUAUCCAAAAGGCGGAGAGAAGUUGCAAUUUGAUUAUGGUGUCUAUCUUCUGAACAAAAACAUAGCACAGUUAAGAUAUCAGCAUGGACUGGGAACUCCAGACUUGAGACAAACCCUUCCUAACCUGAAAAACUUCAUGGAGCAUGGACUAAUGGUCAGGUGUGACAGACAUCACACCUCCAGCGCAAUCCCUGUUCCAAAGAGACAAAGCUCCAUAUUUGGGGGUGCAGAAGUGGGCUUCUCUGGAGGGAUCCCUUCACCAGACAAAGGACACCGAAAACGGGCCAGCUCAGAGAAUGAGAGACUCCAGUACAAAACGCCUCCUCCCAGUUACAACUCUGCAUUGGUCCAGCCUGCACCCACCAUCCCCUCCAUGGUCGAGUCCGAGAGAAAGAUAUCAUCACUGUCCUCCUCCUUGGAUACUUCCCUGGACUUCUCCAAAGAAAAUAAGAAAAAAGGGGUAGAUUUGGAUAACAGCUUAAAUAGAGGCCCUGUAAGUGUGAAUCCCAGUCAGGAACCAGAAGCAGCAGCUUCCUCGGACCCUCUGACCACGGUGAAUGGCACUCUCCUGCCCAGCGAGCAGGCUGGCACCUCAGACGCCCAGCUGCCGGGUGAGUUCCACCCUGUUCCGGAAGCUGAGCUCUGUUGUACCGUGGAACAAGCGGAAGAAAUCAUUGGGCUGGAAGCCACAGGCUUCACCUCAGGAGAUCAGCUCGAAGCAUUUAACUGCAUUCCAGUGGACAGUGCCGUGGCCGUGGAGUGUGACGAACAAGUUCUGGGAGAAUUUGAAGAGUUCUCCCGAAGGAUCUAUGCACUGAAUGAAAACAUGUCCAGCUUCCGCCGGCCACGUCGGAGUUCCGAGAAGUGAAGGGAGCAGACGGACGUGCUCAGAAGGACCAGGACAGAGUUGCUGCUGCAAAUGAGGAUAAAGCUGCACUUCCCCUUUGUAAUAAUUAUGGAACAAAAUGAAUAUGAAUGGAGGAUAUUCCUC